GGAAACACUGCCACCACUCAAGUUUAGUGAAGGAGCCAAGUACAUCACGUUGAGAAGGAUGUUGCGGUUCACUGUAGUACGAGGCGGCCUCGGGAUGCUGGCUGUGAGGAGGACCUGUGUGUCCCCGCGCUUCUCCCACUCUACCCCGCAGAGCAACAUCCGACCAAUCAACAAAGUGAUGGUGGCCAACAGAGGGGAAAUCGCAAUCCGUGUGUUCAGAGCCUGCACCGAGCUCGGGAUUCGAACCGUGGCCGUCUACUCGGAGCAGGACACCGGACAAAUGCACAGGCAAAAGGCGGACGAGGCUUAUCUGAUUGGAAAAGGCCUUGCACCUGUUGCAGCAUACCUGGACAUUCCUGACAUCAUCAGAGUGGCCAAGGAAAACAAUGUGGACGCCAUCCACCCCGGCUACGGGUUCCUGUCGGAGCGGGCGGACUUCGCUCAGGCCUGCAUAGACGCAGGAGUGAUGUUCAUCGGACCGAGCCCAGAGGUGGUCCGCCAGAUGGGAGACAAGGUGGAGGCUCGGGCCCUGGCCAUCAGUGCAGGUGUACCUGUGGUCCCGGGGACCGCGUUACCCAUCAGCUGCCUGAACGACGCACAGGUGUUUGCAGAACAAUACGGCUUCCCCAUCAUCUUCAAAGCAGCGUACGGAGGAGGAGGCCGCGGCAUGAGGGUGGUCCGUGAGUACGAGGAACUUGAGGAGAAUUACCAGCGGGCCUACUCUGAAGCCCUGACGGCUUUUGGGAACGGAGCCCUGUUUGUCGAGAAGUUUCUGGAAAAGCCAAGGCAUAUUGAAGUACAGAUCCUCGGCGAUAAAUAUGGAAAUGUCAUCCACCUCUACGAGAGAGACUGCUCCAUUCAGCGGAGACACCAAAAGGUUGUGGAAAUUGCACCGGCGUUCCAGCUGGACCCUCACCUGAGAAACCGUCUCCACUCUGACGCCGUGAACCUCGCCAAAAUGGUGGGCUACGAGAGCGCGGGCACCGUGGAGUUCCUGGUGGACCGACAAGGCAAACACUACUUCAUCGAGGUCAACUCUCGACUGCAGGUUGAACACACGGUCACUGAAGAGAUCACAGAUGUGGACCUGGUGCACGCCCAGCUGCAUGUGUGUGAGGGCCGCAGCCUGCCUGAGCUGUCCCUCAAACAAGACAAGAUCAGAGUGAACGGCUGCGCCAUCCAGUGCAGAGUGACCACCGAGGACCCGUCCAGAGGCUUCCAGCCCGACACCGGCAGGAUCGAGGUUUUCCGAAGCGGCGAAGGCAUGGGCAUCCGCCUGGACAGCGCCUCGGCCUUCCAGGGGGCCGUCAUCUCCCCCCACUACGACUCCCUCCUGGUGAAAGUCAUCGCCAGCGGGAAGGACCUGCAGACUGCAGCCUCCAAGAUGAGCCGAGCCCUGGCCGAGUUCAGAGUGCGAGGGGUCAAGACCAACAUCCCGUUCCUGCAGAAUGUGUUUUCCAACCACCAGUUCCUCAACUCCACCGUGGACACCCAGUUCAUCGACGAGAACCAGGAGCUGUUCAACCUCAAACCCACUCAGAACCGGGCCCAGAAACUGCUGCACUACCUGGGUCAUGUGAUGGUGAACGGACCAACCACACCCAUUCCAGUCAAAGCCAAGCCUUCCUCCAUAGACCCUGUCAUCCCUCCUGUUACCUUGGGAGACCCUCCGCUGGGUUUCCGCGACGUGUUGCUGCGUGACGGUCCGGAGGGAUUCGCCAAGGCUGUCCGUGCCCACCAGGGUCUGUUGCUAAUGGAUACCACCUUCAGGGAUGCCCACCAGUCGCUCCUGGCAACAAGGGUUCGGACCCACGACCUGAAGAAGAUCUCGCCGUUUGUCAGCCACAACUUCAACAACCUCUACAGCCUGGAGAACUGGGGAGGUGCCACAUUUGACGUGGCCAUGCGUUUCCUGUCAGAGUGCCCGUGGAAGAGGCUCCAGGAGCUCAGAGCUCUGAUCCCAAACGUCCCCUUCCAGAUGCUGCUGAGAGGAGCCAACGCUGUGGGCUACACCAACUACCCCGACAACGCUGUCUUUAAGUUCUGCGAGGUGGCGAAAGAGAACGGCAUGGACAUUUUCCGCGUGUUCGAUUCCCUGAACUACCUGCCCAACAUGCUGCUGGGCAUGGAGGCUGCUGGAGCGGCGGGGGGGGUGGUGGAGGCCGCCAUCUCCUACACGGGCGACGUCUCGGACCCCAUGAGGCAGAAGUACUCUCUGGACUACUACAUGCAGCUGGCCGAUGAGCUGGUGAAAGCAGGAACUCACAUCCUCUGCAUCAAGGAUAUGGCCGGCCUCCUGAAGCCGCAGUCCAGCAAGCUUCUGAUUGGCUCUCUGAGAGACCGCUUCCCCGACCUGCCCAUCCACGUGCACACUCACGACACCGCGGGGGCCGGAGUAGCCGCCAUGCUGGCCUGUGCCGAGGCUGGAGCUGACGUAGUGGACGUAGCUGUGGACUCUAUGGCCGGGAUGACCUCUCAGCCCAGCAUGGGGGCCAUGGUGGCCUGCGCCAAGGGGACCAAGCUCGACACCGCCAGGGAGAGAGCUAUCCCGAGCACUCGCGUGCACAGCGAGUCCGCGUGCUGCAUACGGAGCCACCAGGACUAUGCGGUUCGGAUUGUAUCCACACCUACAGCGCAGAGCGGUACAGCGCUCGCGGACCGAGUAGUUCACUCCAACAUGACCAGGCGAAUACAAUACGAGCGUGCGCGAAAGCUCACUACUGCGGCUACCCAAGGAUUGCAGAGAAUGGAGCACCACUCCGACAAAUUCUCCACGAGACAGAUCUGUGGACAGAAUGUGGAGCGCAGCGAGCGACACGCCAUUAUCGUCUGA